GCAUCAGAUCUCGCAGAACAAGGUGGCAGUGCUGCUUCUGGCUGGAGGACAAGGGACUCGCCUGGGAGUGAGCUAUCCCAAGGGCAUGUACAACGUGGGGUUGCCCAGUGGCAAGACCUUGUAUCAGAUCCAAGCAGAAAGAAUCCGCAAAGUGGAGCAGCUCGCUGGCCAGAGACACCACUGCAAGUGUGCCGUCCCCUGGUACAUCAUGACAAGUGAGUUCACGCUGGGGCCGACAGAGGAGUUCUUUGCAGAACACAACUACUUCCACCUGGAUAGAUCCAACGUGGUCAUGUUUGAACAGAGGAUGCUGCCCGCUGUCACCUUUGAUGGGAAGGCCAUCUUGGAGGAGAAGGGGAAAAUCGCCAUGGCUCCAGAUGGCAAUGGUGGCUUAUACCGUGCUUUGAUGGAUAAUAAGAUCUUGGAUGACAUGAAGCAGCGUGGAAUUCAGUACGUCCAUGUAUAUUGUGUGGACAACAUCCUCGUGAAAAUGGCAGAUCCAGUCUUCAUAGGCUUCUGUGUUUCCAAAGGGGCAGAUUGCGGUGCAAAGGUGGUGGAGAAGGCCUACCCCACAGAGCCUGUCGGGGUGGUGUGCUCUGUGGAUGGCGUCUACCAGGUGGUGGAGUACAGCGAGAUCAGCCCGGAGACGGCUCAGCAGCAGAGGCCUGAUGGGGGACUGAUGUACAGCACUGGCAAUAUCUGCAACCAUUUCUUCACCAUUGACUUCCUGGAGACAGUGGCCCAAAAAUAUGAGCCGCAGCUGAGGCAUCACGUAGCCAUAAAGAAGGUGCCCUACAUUGACGAGGAGGGAAAUCUGGUAAAACCGCUAAAACCGAACGGGAUAAAGCUGGAGAAGUUUGUGUUUGAUGUGUUCCAGUUCUCUAAGAAUUUUGUGGCAUUUGAAGUUUUGAGAGAAGAGGAGUUCUCGCCACUGAAAAAUGCAGACACAGCUGACAAAGACACUCCUACCACCGCUCGGCAGGCCCUCCUGGCCCAGCAUUACCGCUGGGCUCUCAAGGCUGGGGCCAGAUUUCUGGAUGAAAAUGGUUGCAGGAUACCAGAGAAACUCAGUCUCUCAGGAACUGAAGAUCCUCCUGCUGUGUGUGAGAUUUCUCCGUUAGUGUCUUACUUUGGAGAGGGUCUGGAGGCGUACAUGAAGAACAAAGACUUCCCUUCGCCCUUUGUGCUCGAUGAAAACAAAGGGGAGACGCAGCCUCAAAUCAGAUAUCAGAUACCAGAUACAAGAACUGACAUUGCUCAAAUGUCAGCAUGAAGUGCGUUACAAAAAAAAAAAAGAAAUUGCUUUGCCGUGUCAGAUUGAUGCCAAGUCCUUGCAGCAGUUGUGUUUACACACACAUGUGUGUUCACCAGUUCUGAUUAGUAGCUUCGAAGGCUAUGCCUCUUACCUCAGUCUGUUUUGUAACUUGGAUGUACCAAACAGAUUUUGUAUUUCCUACUUGCUGUGCAUACAAAUAUAUAAAAGAGCUGUCAGGGCCUAAUAAAUCAGCUUUGCGUUCAAGAAGAUCAAAUCUCUACAGUGCCUUGUUAGGUUUGUCCUGGUGGGGUUGUUUGGGGUUUUUUUGGGUUUGUUUUUAAAUUGUGUGCACAGCUGAAGAGUCAGAUUGAUCUGUCUUUUUCCCUCAUCCUGUGGUGGUUAGAAGAUCCAAUUAAGCAGUUGUGUCCUCUGACCACCUCAUACAGAGGAGUCUGCUGCAAGCAGGGAUGCCGCUGGGCAUGAGUGUCCUUUGAGGGUUGGACUCCAAAGUGGUGCAGACCUAUCUGCAUGUCCGGGCUUGCUGGUGCUGUUGCAAGAAAACAUAAGUGAAUAUGCAGUUUAGACCAAUGACUCUUUACAGCUGUAGUGACCUGUAUUUUUAAUUAAAAAACAGAAAAAGGUGAUGAGAUGUAUUUUCACAACAGCACUCUGCUCCUCCUGUCUAUAACAAACAUUUAUUUUACUUUUCAUUUUUCUGUUUAACGUAUACCAUGUUCCUCAAAGGGGACUCUCUUAAAGCACCUGAAAGUAAUAAGAGGAACAAAUUCUGAUGGUAGAAUUUAAUGCUUAACUAAAACCAGAAGAAGACUCAAUCCCAGCAUAACCAGUGUACACAGUAAAACACCAGCCUCUGCUUCUACGGUUUCUGGCCAGGCAGUUUUCUAGCACUCUUUCACUUAGGACAUAAUUCUUUAGAUGCCUUCCUUUUAAAUAUGCUACCAACCAUAAUGUGAAGAUAAGUGUCAGCUAAUUAAGGAUGCUAACUGCCAGAACGUAUGUAGCAUGUGAACUCGGCCCUGGCCGAGAGACCCCGGAGCGGUAGUGAUCCACAACUGUUUGUUCCUGAUCAGCCUGGAUGCUGCCCCGGCAAGCUUGCGCCGGGUGGGCACCUCCCCGCUACGGAACCUGUGCUGAGCACAGUGAAGGCUUUUCACCCUUUGUGAGGAUGCUUCAGGGGCACUGCUGGGUGGCCUUGGCUUGAGGAGCACUCUGCACCUCUCCCCUGAACCGAGCACUAAGGAAGGUGGUGAGGAAGCAGCCUUGUCUGGAAUGUUGUGACUUCAUGCAUCUGCUUCUGCUGAGGAAUUGCUGAUGCUAUUUAUAAUUUGAUCAUUUGAUGCAAAUUAUUAAGCAUAAAUCUUUUCAAUAACUUGGGUGGCUUUCUGUAAUUCCUGACAUGAAGCUGUGUUCAGAAUGUUGGGGAGGUAUAAAAAUGGCUUUGAGAGUAAAGCAGUGUGUAAGUAGGGUCACAUUUUCCAAAGAAAGCAUCUGAGUGUCAGUGGCAGAGUUUUCAGGUACAAAGUGUAUCUGCGUGCACCCAAGCAAUGAGCCUGUUGCACGUGCAGACCAGCCAAUGGCCGUUCCGAUCACCUCAUGUUGCAUGUGCAGCCAGGAACUCCCAUUUUUAGUAUAAAUUAAGCAUUUGUCCUUGACACUCAAUUCUGUAUAUUUUUGUUUUGCACAGUGUUUAUAUGGGUCAUUCCAUUCCUGCCAGCCAAGUUUUAUAUCUGAGAACAAAUUGUGUUGUGCCUUUGUGAGUAUUGCUCGAGUCAGACACAUGACCAUUUUAAAUUGUACUGUGCUAUAAGGAAAGGAUAUUUCUUUUGCUCUUCCUAAAGUGUUUUCUCUUUUGAAACUUCGGUUCCCUUGUGCUUUUAUCUUGUGUACACUGAGCUGCUGACAUACGGCUUGAGGUUGUUUUCAAGGAGAAGCUGAGUUAGAAUGCGGAGUGCCUUGUCUGUUGGGGUUUUUUCUACGACUCCUUGCAUUUUAAACUGGAACAUAGGAAGA